AACACAUUCAAUCUGCUGCUUGCUUCCAUCACACUCACAACGACUUUCUCUUUACUCUUAACAUUACAAAUGGAUUAUAAAUAAAUAAAUAAAUAAAUAAAUAAAAGAAUCAUCAAGUAAAACAAACAAAUGAAUGAAUAAAUAUUGUUUUUAUAUUCUCACGCUAUAUGAUCAGCACUACUAACAAUAUCCACAGUAGACAGUUACACACUCUCCCCUGCAAAGAAGCAACGAUAUGGACAUGGAUUCCUCUGCUGGUUCAUCCUGUUGGCUCUAUGAUUAUGGAUUUGACAUCUCUGUUGCUGCAUCUGACUUCAUGGCUUCUGACUCUACUACCGCUGCUUUCACUUGGAUUCCUCACACGAACAUCACCAACCCUCCUUCCUCCAAUAUCAGCUUGGAAAUGGAAUACUCACUCGAUUCAACUGUAUUGGAAAAUGCCCCUUCAAAGCGGUUAAAGACAGAAUCAUAUGCAUCUGGAUCCAAGGCAUGUCGUGAGAAAUUGCGAAGGGAUAAGCUGAAUGACAGGUUUCUGGAAUUGAGUUCUGUCUUAGAGCCUGAUAAGCUGCCCAAAACAGACAAAGUAACCUUACUAAAUGAUGCGGCUCGAGUGAUCACACAAUUACGAAAUGAAGCAGAGAGAUUGAAAGAAAGGAAUGAUGAAUUACGUGAAAAAGUUAAAGAACUUAAGGCUGAGAAGAAUGAGCUUCGUGACGAGAAAAAUAAGCUGAAGCUAGACAAAGAAAAAUUGGAGCAACAAGUCAGAUCAACAACUGUUCAACAGUCAAGCUUCCUACCUAAUGCCUUGGCUGCUGCUAAAGGGCAAACUGGUAGCCACAAGCUGAUGCCUUUCAUUGGUUAUCCUGGAAUUUCAAUGUGGCAGUUUAUGUCCCCUGCUACAGUUGAUACUUCACAGGAUCAUCUGCUUCGACCUCCAGUUGCUUAAAGUGGAUAGCAACAGCAUCCACUUCUUUCUUGUACAAAAAUGUUAUUUGAAAAUCAAUUUAAGACACCAAAAUUCGGCAACGUUGUACAUGGUUAACGAACGCAGGUGAUACACAUGGUUGAUAAAGUGGUAGAUUUGGUUAGGAGAUAUAUCUGAUGUUGUAACUCAUUAAUUAUAUAUUGAGCUUCAUUAAUCACGAAUUUGAACGUGAUUAACCACGACUUAAGAUAUUGAAAUUUACAUACAUUUGGAACACUAAGCGUCGUGGUAAACAACGUUCAAAUUUGUAGUUAAUAAAGUUUAGUUGAUAGUAAUGAAUUAUUCAAUUUAGAUAUAUACCAAAUAACAGCCCCUCGCUUAACUGCAUCAACCACGUGUGGGAACUUAAGUUAACCAUAUAAAAAUUGUCGAAUUUAGGUAUCCGAAAUUGUUGGUUCAAAAAACGUUCCUGUUGUACAAUGUGUGCUUUGCUUGUAUUAUGUUUUUGUCCAAGUUACCCACUUUGUUCCUAUUGUUUGUUUUUUAAUUCACAGACUAAAAGUUUGCUUGGAAACUGGUUGAUAUGAUA